CCCACUCAUGGGUGCUUUUUUUUGGCUCAUCUGUCCAACAGGUCAGAUUUCAAAGCGCGCCACAAACAAACACAGCAGAAAUGACUACCACCAAGAGAUUUUCGCAAAACGUCGCUGUCACCUAGACACAACACGCGAUGAGGGUUUCUAGCCAGUUGCUACGCUCUCGUGCCGCGAGACCUCUGCACGGAGUUGAAUACCUUGAUCUUUCACACUCUGAUUUAGUUUCAGUCGAUAAACUAGAAUUAUGCCCGAAAUUGCAGUGUUUAAUCCUACGAGACAACCGGAUCGAGGCCGUCCCAGACAUAGAUUGUUGUCCUCAGUUGUGGAGAAUAGAUCUCGCCAAUAACAGGCUUCGCAGUCUGGAAGGCUUGUCAAGGUUUGCAGCGUUUGGAUGUCUCAUAUUGUCUAAUAAUGAGUUGGAGUGGGAUGAGCUGCAGAAGAUUCGCCAUAUUCAUAUCCUGGACCUUGCGCUCCAUGGCAACCCAAAGCUUGAGAUGGAUGCUUAUUACAGAAUGCAUGUUAUUGAUAGCUUACCCCUUAUUUGGAUGCUGGAUGGGCGUAUCAUUACAUCUGCUGAGAGAGCCCAGGUUCGACAGUUUUUCAAGGACUCUGCAUAUUCAGACAGACCUGUGAGACGAAAGUUGCCCAGAAAGCAGUUUGUUCCAUCAACAAUAAAGAACAUUACAGUCACUGGUGUCCAUGGUAACAGGACUGAUCACAUGAUGAGAAGAUUUCCACAAAAGGCAAGUCACAAUAUAGACCUAGACAAAAGGAGGCUGCAUUACCUGGGAUAUAACCUUCAGCAAGAUGUUAACCUGGAGAUGAAGCACACAACUCGGGAGAAAUUCAAGUCUUCUGACCUGAUAGUUAACUUGAUAACUUGUAGGACUGAUGACCAAGAGAGAUGUAAUAUGCUCUUGCUUCUACUAGUGGCCUCGUUAGAAUUUGCCAUCCCCUCUGCAAUAGUUCAGCAAACACUAGAAGUUGCAAGACUGAAUAAAAUAGAGUCUAUUGAGACAAUGGACGUAUUUAUGUUUUCAAGAGAGAUAAGGUGCAGGAUUGUGUCGCUCCUGUUGGGUGCUGUUAAGAUUGAGAGAGACCAGAGUAUUGAUGGUGGGCUGUAUAAUCGUCUCUAUUUGGGCUUGUAUGAUCUAGUGUCUGACCUUAUUCGGUUGGCUAAUGGUGAUGACAUCACUAUAUAUCAAGCAAUGAGGAAGAAAUUUGAUUCAAGAAAAAGUGGCUACCGCAGCCUUCUGGCUUCUGAAGUGGUUCAGCUGUUAUGCAUUGUUCCAUCAUUUUUCAACUUUAUUGGUAGAGAUCCUGGUAUCAUGGACCUCUUAUCUGUUGGGACCAAAGACACCAAUGUUGGUGAACAACUGAAGGCUUUGAGCUGGCAAAUACAGUCAGCAGGGGGUGGUAUGAACCGAGUUUAUCAAGAGAUCGGUCAAUUCUUGCUCCACAAAACCAAGGAAGCGAACACACAGUCGCUUAAUCCUGCUAAAACAGAAAAAAUGAGCGAAUCAUUAAACUCACAAUACCUUUCGUAUUGUGUUGAGCCAAGCUACAUCAUAACGUCAAAGCGUCUGGUCCAGGUCCCUGACAGACCUCACUCUUCUGCAAUGACAACAGGAAAUGCAACCAGAGGCAGCGAUGAUGCUGUAACAGCGCCACGCACCCGGGCACGUGCUGGCACCGCCCUUGGAGUCAGGACCAAGCGAUCCGUGCGCAUGCGCAGCCGCGCCAAGACUGCCACCAGGAGGCCAGCCCUGAGUGACCGAGUGGAAAUAGGCCACCAGACAUAUGGUAGGCUGGUCGCUCUUCCUGAAACCCAUGUUGGACUGGUACAACUCGACAGCUUGGCAGCCCCACGUUUCCAGCAAGCAGACGUUAACCUCAAAGGUGAUAAUCUUGAAGGGCAAUUCCAUUACGUGAACUUCAAGAACAUGGAGUGGGACGCGAAGAUGGGUCGAUGGAAAAGAUCUAAGGAAUUCUAUGACUACCAGGCAUACAGCUUGGGCGAUCGCCGCGCAAGCACCAGUAGCGAGUCCGAGGUGCGUUUUCUCUCGGAGGCAUUGCAGAAAAGUCUGCAACUGCAGGCCAGGGUCCCUCCUGCACCGAUAGCCCGCGAGCCCUCGCCAGCCAACAGCAAACCACAAGGUCGGACCUUAAUCAAUAAUCACGUGCGCUCUAUAGUCCGUGAGUGUCUCAAAGAGGCGGAGCUACAGUGGCCUGAGUCCGACUUGCGGGAAGAAACGCCCGAGAGGGCAUGGGAAGAGCCAGAGCGAACGGAGACGCCUGGAGUGCAGUCAGAAGUCACUGCAAACCUCGACUGGGAAUCUUUCACAGCUUCCAGAGAUGCGGAAGAGGACCAUAUUGAACAAAGCGAAGACGUCGAGGAGGAAUAUGGCGCCACGCACGCGUCUCCCUACCUUGAAUCCACCUGGGAGUGGAGCGUGCAACCACACAGUCCUCCUACGGACCCGAACAAUGACCAGACUUCCCCAUCGCCCGAACUUGGGUACUGCCCAGACAACACUCAAGGCUUGCUCGAACCUGGCUUCUACGAGAACACCCAAGAUCACGGAUCACGGAGCGAUAUCCAUUUGCCGCCCUCUCUAUACGAGCCAGCGCUGCUCAUAUCCAGUCAUAUGGACUUGAACGGGAAUGAGUUUGGUGUCCACAAGAGCGGGUCGUACCCCUAUGUGUCACGCCCCGCGUCUAGGGGUGACGGGGUAGAGCUCGAGGAAAUGGUGACGAUGACGGAGAAUGCGAGGCUGGACGCGUGGAGGUCAUCAGAGGCCAUGAAAAUAGCUUCAAGUAGUGGCGUCCCGUCAAGGGUGGGGAGCGCAACCUCUAGAGCCAGACAACAGCCACCACCCCCUCCCCCUCAGAGGCCGGCAUCACCCUCGCACUCAGGACCCGUGCCUGUAAAAACCGCUGACCGCUGGCUAGCGAGGGGCAAGAAUGUAAACGCUAUGAGCUUGAGACGUGUCGAGAAGCCGCUGCCUGGUUGGAUGGAAGGAUUGCAGGCACAUAGGAGGAGACCUCAAUCCUCGCCAUCUGUAAGGCGUCCCAUGAGCUCCGUCAGCACCCGCUCAGGAAUGUCCUCCCACGAUCCCGGUAACCCAGGAGUUCGACGAGCGCGAGGCGCUGCUGCAGUGUAUGUCUCUGGACGCUCGCCACCCACGUACACACGCAUCCAGUCGGCUAGGGUCACAUUACGUCGGCGAUGAUGACUUUUUCAAAUUUGCCGUUUUAUUAGCUAAACUUUUAGUGUAUAAAGAAUAUAACAAAGACAAUCCUCAACAAUCCGGACCUUACGUGUAUAAAGAAUAUAUUUAUUAUUCAUUUUUAGAUACUUAUAACUAAAAUAUGUAAAUAUUCUCAUACUACGUCUAAAUUGAAAAAAAAAAUUGUAUGAAAGAGUGAAUUGUCGUUUCAAAUGCGACUUUUAUGAUUAAAAAUUAUUUGAAUCUAA